UGAAAGAUUGCCGCUUUCGGUCCAGGCAAAUUGUUUCUUUAUUUCUCUCUCUUUCUUCGUGUCGGUCUUCCUCUUCCUUUGGAACUUUCUCGCUGUUGACUACCUCCUCCAUGGUUUGAGCCUGAUCCCAUCAUUUCCGCACGCUCGUUGUCAUCAAUCUUUUACCCUUUUCCCUUUCUUUAUCUACAUUUUUCUUCCUUUCUUUUUCUCUCCUACGCCCGUGUCAACCCCGUUUUAAACGUUAUCGCUAUUUCCAUAGUCGCUCCUAGGGGAUCAUUGCAUCUGACAAGAUGGUGGAAGAUAAGAAGACCGAUGAUUAUACAAUCGAGAUGGAUAAAAUAGACCAGGGAAGCAAGAAUUUCGAAGCGGCUGCACCGCUGCCUCAGCCUAGAAGUGUGCCAUCUACUUCGCUCUCCAGCAAUCCCAUAUUGCCUGUAUUGGCGUAUUGCGGAUCUUCGAUCCUGAUGACUGUCAUGAACAAAUAUGUACUUUCAGGUUCGGACUUCAACCUCAACUUCUUUCUUCUUUGUGUUCAGUCCAUCGUUUGUAUUGUUGCGAUCCAAACAUGCAAGUCUUGCGGUCUUAUCACGUACCGUAAUUUCAGUGCGGAUGAAGCGAAAAAGUGGUUUCCCAUUACUUUACUUCUAAUUGGAAUGAUUUACACGGGUUCUAAGGCGCUUCAGUUCCUAUCUAUUCCAGUAUACACCAUCUUCAAGAAUUUGACGAUCAUUCUCAUCGCCUACGGAGAGGUGCUCUGGUUUGGAGGUUCCGUUACCGGCCUUACCCUGUUCUCCUUUGCACUCAUGGUCCUAAGCUCUAUCAUCGCCGCGUGGGCCGAUAUUAAGCAUGCUGUUGAAAGCAGUGGGGAUACCAGCGCCAAGGUUUCGACACUUAAUGCGGGAUACAUAUGGAUGUUGAUCAACUGUCUCUGCACGUCAUCUUAUGUUCUUGGAAUGCGUAAGAGAAUUAAGUUGACCAACUUCAAGGACUUUGAUACCAUGUUCUACAACAACUUGCUGUCAAUUCCGGUUCUUAUUGUUCUCACUGUCUUCAUGGAAGACUGGUCUUCCGCCAAUAUUGACCGCAACUUCCCUCCACUCGACCGUAACAGUAUUAUGUUUGCCAUGAUACUGUCUGGCUUGUCAACAGUGUUUAUCUCCUACACCUCGGCCUGGUGUGUUCGUGUUACAUCCUCAACUACUUACUCUAUGGUGGGGGCUCUCAACAAGUUGCCCAUCGCAUUGUCCGGUUUGAUCUUCUUUGAUGCGCCGGUGACAUUCCCUAGCGUUUCCGCUAUCAUCGUCGGCUCCAUCAGUGGAAUCGUCUACGCAAUUGCUAAGAUCAAGCAAAACGCCAAGCCGAAGACCGGUGUCUUGCCGACGUCCAAUCCGCUUGUCAGCGCUAGCAGUCAAAGUAUGAGAGAUUCUCUGCGGUCUUGAGGGUCUCGAAGUGAUGGCUGCUGUGUUGUACACAAUGAUGUUGAGUACUAUCGUAAUUGAUAUUCGGCACAACCAUCAGAUCAAACCGAAUACUGUUUUUGGUUUCUUGACGACAUGAACCUGUCUAUCACCCGCGUAUGAUAUGCGAUACAUGUAUUUCACUGCAGCUGAGGUGUGUUGCGGAUCUCGAUUGUUGACGGUACUUUUUGGUAGGUGGAAGGCAUAGUGUGCUCACAUUCCCACCAACGAUCAACUUCACAGAUCCUUCCUUGAUUGUAUGGCUUUGCUCCUGCUGUUCAUUCUCCAGUUCAUGGCCUUGAUGCCUACGCUGGUUCUCAAAUUCUUUCCUUCUCCGACGCAUUAAUAGUACACCCUCACACGUAUCGUAUCGUAAUAUUGGGAUAUUAUUUGGUCUAUACUUUGGGAAAAGAAGUAUUGGUUUUAAGAUUGGGUGCAAUUAGGUGUCUAGAAGGCUUGGUCAUUGUGUGCGAAAGAGGUCUCGUUGCUUCCUUUCAGAGUCUGUUUGAGUUUGUAUAUAUGGAGCUUUUAUCUUCUUUUAAUGAGGUUAUAGAAAGUAUACUUUGCAUGAAAGUG